UUCCCAUGACUAGACAAAGUUAAUGUUUACUGUAGUAGUUCAUGAAAAUAUAGGGAGAAACAUAAUACAGUACAGGGGCAUCAUGUGUAAAGCAGAAGAUACGAGGCUGUAGACCAUGAUAAAAGACAGUUACAGUAAACAACGCCCAUCUCAUUUUUUUUUUUUUUGAAACAGAAGGGGAGAAGAUAAGAGAAGUGCAGAAAUGAAACAGCUGCCCAUAAGAUUCAUCACUUUAACCAAAUGAAAUAUGGCAAUAAUGAAUGGAAUAAAGAUAUCUGGCAUCUUUUUAUUUGCUUUAUCUAUUGGCUUUGUCUACAAGACCACCAGAAAACAAUUAAGUUUUGAAUAUUUCCCUACCCUUUUUUCAAAGACUUUAUCCAAUACCCAUAUCAUUACCUUUACCAAUACCAAUGCCAGUAUGAAUCCAGAUGAAAUUCUUAAAGACGGGAAUGGAGUUAUAUUUUUGGAGACUACUGACAGAAUGGAGCCUCCUUCUUUAGUGUUGUGUGCUAUUGAGUCUGCAGCCCAUGUGUACCCUGAUAGACCAGUGGUUUUCUUCAUGAAAGGUUUAGAAGACAUAAACUCAGUGGAAGAUGAGAAACGAGCAAAGGAAAGAUUUCCAUCUCUGUCUGCUUUUGAGAAUGUCUUCAUCUUCCCACUCAGAAUGGAGGAAUUGUUUAAAGACACACCACUUUUGGAAUGGCUUCUAAAGGCUAAAGAAAGAUGGGAACCUUACUGGAUCCAUAACCUCUCAGAUGCCUGCAGAAUGGCUAUGAUUUGGAGAUAUGGUGGACUUUACUUUGAUGCUGAUGUCAUCUCCAUGCGGCCAAUCCCAGAAAAGAACUUUUUGACUGCUCAGAGUACUGACACGUCUGGCAGUAGUGUUUUUGGCUUCAGUCCCCAUAACAAGUUUGUCUGGAAGUGUUUGAAUGACUUUGUGCUUAAUUAUAGAGGAGAUAUUUGGGGAUAUCAAGGUCCAGGCCUUUUUACACGUGUUCUGAAACCACUAUGUGCGACUGAUUUGAAGGUGGAAGAGGAUAUUAUCUGUGGGAAUAUUUCUUGCUUGAACCCCGAGCGCAUCUAUCCUAUACCAUAUCAGAACUGGAGGGAGUAUUUUGAGGUUUGGAAGGAAUUGCCGUCUUUCAAUAACUCCUAUGGUGUGCAUUUGUGGAAUUAUAUGAACAGAGAUGAGAACAAGUCUGUAGUUCCUGGAAGUAACACACUGGUGGAUCGUCUCUACAAACAGUACUGUCCAACGGUAUAUGGAUCCCUUUAAAAACAUUAGGACAUUGUUACUUCAGACCAUCCAGUUGGAUUAUUAAAUCUUGAUCAGAUAUAUGCAUCCAUACACCCUCAAAGCCAUUUUUUCCUGAUAAGUAUUAGCUAAGACAUAAGGUAAAGAUUAUUUUUUUAUAUAUUAGUUUAUCCUGAUUUUUAAAAUGAUCAACUAUGAACUAUGUGAAAUGCAUCCUACAUUAUAUAAGCAUUGUAUAUUAUCAAAUGCAACCACUAUUUCACUCUUUUUUUCAUUUGCUUUAUUUUUCUUCCAUCCAACAAUUUGAAUUAAAAAGUUGAUAUGAUAAAUGUCUGCCACACCCAAGGCAGAUAUUAAAAAGGUCCCCAUGCAGCUUGGGCUGGCCAACCCAAUUUUGGGCUCCUUAUAAUAGGGAAAUUUAAAGGAGAUGGAAAGCGACCGAAGCAGUUUAUUUCCAAUAGAAUAACCACAAAAGUACAAGCUAUA